CCAUGGCUGUACACUGUCAGACAUGCGGCUGUCUGGCUUGUUCGUCUAAUGUACACAUUAUAAGCUUGCUUGCUUGCAGGAUUUGCAUGGAGACCAGGUGUUUUCACAGAUCGGAAUAUAAUUUAAACUUCUGGUACAGCAGCAUAACAACCCCUUCUUUAAAGCUUUGUAGAAAGUCCCUCACAUUUUUUCAGAGACCCAUGUGCUGGUGGAUGCUGCCUCUUCUAGUUUGAAAGCCCUGCUGACUGGCUGCUUUGCUCUCAUUCAGUUAUGUUCAUACCUUUUUUUUUCUUUCUUUUUUUUCCAUUUAGACGGUAUUCAGAUUCUAUUUCAUAUGUUAAAUCUAUAUUCUAAUCUGUUUUUACCUCCACCCCAAACCCCACUCUUCGUCUAUUUAUGCAUCGAUGUAUCCCAGAAGUCAUCCUCAUAUAGCCUCCACCUUACUGUGGCCUGCCUUGCGUGGGAUAUCUGGAGAGUGGGAGGAGAGCAGAGAGUGGAGAUUUGAUGCCUGUAACGGUCAGAGGUGUGGCAUAGUCAAAUCAUGGGGGAUUCAAUAUUCAACUGCUGUUAUGUCCCACCCCAUCCCUCAGGCGAGGGGGAGCCGGACGGGUCCAGACGCACAAAGAUCAUGGCAUCCAAUUCAACAAACAUCUCCUCCGACAAGCGCUUCCUCAUCUUCUUUGACUUUGAUGAGACCAUCGUGGAUGAGACCACCGACGACGUGGUGGUGCAGACCGCCCCCGGUCAGCACCUCCCGGACUGGCUGAAGGACACCUACCAACCUGGCCGCUACAACGAGUACAUGCAGCGCGUCCUGGCCUACCUGGCGGAGCAGGGCGUCACCGAGAGCGACAUCCGCAGCACCAUGGAGAAGGUCCCGGCCACCCCCGGCAUGUCCACCGUCUUCCAGUUCCUCCGCACUCGCCCUCCGCAGGACUUCGAGGUGGUGCUGUUGUCCGACGCCAACAUCUUCUUCAUCGAGUCCUGGCUCCGACGCGCCGGGGCUCGCCAACUCUUCCACCGGAUCUUCAGCAACCCGGCCACCUUCAACAGGGACGGCCGGCUGGUGCUGCGGCCCUUCCACUCCCACGACUGCCUGCGGUGCCCCAACAACAUGUGCAAGCAGGUGAUCGUCCGGGACUAUGUGGCCCGCAGGACGCAGGAGCGGGGCCGCCCGUACCAGCGGGUCUUCUACGUUGGGGACGGUGCCAACGACUUCUGCCCGGCGCUGGCCCUCGGGCCCCGGGACUUGGCUUUCCCGCGGCGGGACUUCCCCAUGCACCGGCUGAUCACGGAGACCCAUGAAGCCAUGCCAGGGGAGUUCAAGGCGGUCACGGUGCCGUGGAGCAGCGGGGAGGAUGUGGUGCAGAGGCUGAGGAAGCUGGUGGCAGAGUAGAGGGUCCCACAUAGAGACAGAGAGGGGGGGUAAAGGAGAUCAUUAAGGGGGCCAGUUGACACAUUUUGUCACAUUCUCAGGUUAAAUAGUCCCACAAACUAAUGUUAAGGCAAUAAAAACCAUUUGUGUUGGAAGUAGAAAUCAACUGUGUCUGUCAGGCGUCCAGCCUACACGUGCCUCAGUCAGCCUCUCACGUUCCGGUCAGGAGGUCACUCUCAGGACAGAGGCACAGUUUAUCAUCAUCAGCAGGUCAAUGAUUAUGGAGACCUGCCACUAUCACCUUAAGAAAGGAAAUCAAUGACAUAUCAGUGCUUUGUUAUAAAGAUUAAGAAGUUUUAAGGUUGGGGAUAGACCUAUUUGCGUAAUAAUGAGUCUCCCCUUUAAUGGGACAUGGUGCUUUUAAAUGUUAAACUGGGUCAGUAUGGAAAUCCCUUUAAGCAGGCCCAACUUAGUAGCAAUAUUUAAAAGUGUUACGGAUGUUUAUGCCAACCAAGAAAUGGGGUGCUCUUUAAUAACAAGUGUGUUUAUUUAUCUGCAUUUUUUUUUUUUUUAAAUAUUAAAUUAUAGUCUCAAUAAAUUAAAUCUAAGUAACACUGCUACCUGAAGGGCAUUCCAAUAAGGUGACCAAACAAUAUUUUUAUUAAUGUGCUUCUCACAGAAUAUAUGUCUAAUUUAGAAAAGUAUGACAAUGUUGUAAGGGUGUGUUUGUUUGUUACCUUGUCUAUCUUGUCUUUUGUGUCUUUACUGUGUAGGCCAGGCCUACGGAAGAAAAUAUUAACACCAGCAGGAAUAAAG